AUGGCGGAUUCCCAACAAAUCACCACUCUGGUGGAUCAAGUGGAGACUCUGGCUAAUGAAGUUGUUAGACUGAGAGGUGAAACCUCAUUCAUUCUUUUUGCCGUUGAAGUUACUCAUAUUGCCAUAGGUGAAUCGGAUGUCAGGAAGCUUCAUCACAAAUACGGCUACUAUUUGGACAAAUGCCUUUACAAAGAGGUCGCCUCGCUGUUCGCCGAUCAUCCAGACACAUAUGUCCAGUUCCUGAACGGCCGCUACCGAGGGAAGGAGGGAGUUCAUCGCCUUUACAUUGAGCGGUUCGCCAAAAGAUUCGUGGCCGGUCGCAACGGUCCGAUUGAUGGAUGGCUGCUAGAUCACCUCAUGGCACAAGACAUUAUUGAUUUCGAUCCACAGGCAGGAAGAGCGAAGGCUAGAAUCCGUGCCUUCAUGAGUGCAGGAACUCACGAGUCCAUGUCCCCGAACUUUCCUGGUGGCUAUCGACAGUGGUGGGAAGGCGGCCUGUACGAGAAUGAGUACAUUCUACAGGAUGGGGUGUGGAAAAUCCUUCGUCUUCGCUAUUUCCCAUUCUGGCACGGAUCUUUCGAGACAGGCUGGAAGGGAGCAAAAGAGUUCGUCCCCUUGUUCAAGGAGACGCAGCCGGCGGAUCCACUGGGCCCUGAUGAGAUAGUUGACGACUUUGUUCUUUGGCCUGACACUCGGGUGAUACCUUUCCACUACAAGCAUCCAACUACUGGCGAUGAAGUGGCCGAAGAGGACAUGAGAGCCCCUCACUGGCUAGAAGACGCUAGUACUGCCCCGCCGGCUCGGGUGAUCGCAGACUGGGGAUUCUGA